GCAACAACGUACCCGGUGCAGUCGUUCGAGCGAGCGCGGUUCAAGGGGUAUGUGGGGCUCAUGAUGGCAGUGCAGAACCAGCCAGUGGUGGUUCACAUCCAGGCGUCUGCUGCCACGUUCGUGAUGUAUGAUGGGACAUACAAAUACCAGGAUCCUGAUUGCUAUACAGGAAGUCUCAACCAUGUUGUACUCGUUAUUGGGUACUUCAUUACGAGAAAUGACGGCAGCCAGAACCGCAUUGCUCCUCCGUUUUGGAUUAUUCGCAACUCGUGGGGAGAGGAGUGGGGCGACAAGGGUCACAUACGCAUGGACAUUCAGGGAGGGGAUGGCGUGUGUGGCAUCAACGUGCUGCCUGGCAUCUACCCCGUUGUCAAGAUUCCAGGGGACCCCUGUGGUCAAAGCAGCUACCAGGGAGAUCGGCCGCAGCCCGUUAUGAAUCCGUGUGGCCGAUUCAAAUGUGGCGUGACAGCAGAGAGCACGAAUAACUGCACCUGCAACAUUCCCACCGCUACUGUGCAGCCUUUUGUACAGGUGGUGAAUGGAGAUGGCUUCACCACAUGUGCUUAUGUGGACGUGUGUGGGUCAUACUUCAAGAACCCCUGCUACGUGGGAGCAUGCAUCAACGAUGGCAAGGGCUCCUACUCCUGCAUCUGCCCUCCCAAUCACGUAGAAAGCAUAACCAUUUACGGCUUCCCAACCUGCGAUCCAGUUAAUACCACAGCCACCACAAUGACAGUCACUGGAGACAACUGGUUGUGUUCGGAUGUUCAUCCACUUGUUGACCUCUCACUCACUGACUUCACUGACCAAAACGCGGGCAUCGACUGCAGCCAGCCAUUGCUCAAGGGCAGUGUCCUUCAGCUGGCUAAUACUCCCGACACACCCUGCACUGCCUUCUUCUACACCCUUAAUGGGGACACCUGUGCAUCCAUGAGCAGGCAGCUCAACUUCACUGAAGCUGAUCUCGCUGAUCUCAACCCCGGACUUGACUGCUCCAAGCCCAUCAAGGCGGGCCGCUCUGUGUGCCUCGAGCGCAGUGAUGCCUUCGCCUUCACCGUCCCUGAGUGUGUGAGAUACGGCACGCUCACUCCGCAAGACACGUGCGAGAAGCUGCUUAAGAGGACCAGCACGAGUGUCCCCCCUUCGGGUGGCACUACACAAGGGGGUGCCAGUGAGAACCCAUGGGCUGCGCUGUACCGCAACAAUCCCGGCCUCACUUGCUCCAACACCAUCCCUUCCUCUGCCUACGCGACAGGCAGCAGGAUUGGCGUACAG